GUUGAUCAGCUGAGGCAGACUGUAUAUAAACUGUGGGGAGCUGAAACCUCUGACACAGCUGCUCGUAACAAUCAUCUGUUUGAUUGUCACCUUUGUCAAGACUUCAAGAAGUUUUCCUGAAGAUUUUACAAACGAGAUCACAAGGCCACUUUCAUGAUGGAUAUAACCAUUAAAAUGCUGGAUGGGAGGUUCCACACCCUGACGGUGAACCCACAGGACACAGUGAGCUCUCUGAAAAGGCUCAUCCACGAGAAACUUGGAGUUUCCCCUCAGAGGCAGAAGCUGGUCUUUGUGAACGGCCAGACGACUCAACUCAACGACGACUCAAAGCCUCUCUGCUACUACGGUCUACAGUCUGGAUCCAUGGUGUCUCUGCUGGUCACCCAGCAGCCGGAGACCAUCCAGGUGUUCCUCAGCAACCUACAGGGGCAGAAGAGCACCUAUGAUAUCAGACCCAAUGAGACUGUGAGGAACUUCAAGACCAAGGUCCAGCAAAGAGAGGGUAUCCCAGCAGACCAGCAGAGGCUCCUUUACCAAAGCAGACAGCUGGAGGAUGGUAAAAAUCUCUCAGACUACAACAUCAAGGCUCUUGACACCGUCAACAUGACCGGGCGUCUGAGAGGAGGCUGAGGACGUUUCUGGUUCAUAUAUCAGAGACUUCAUACACUGUACAUUCCUUAAUUUCACAAAAAUGAAGAUCAAAUCAUCCCAAAUGCCAUAUUUAUUAUUAUUUAUUUCUUUUUUCAUUUGGAAAAAGUAAAGAAAACAUUCCCCUGAUGUGUAAUUCUGUCAUAAAAACCUUUUGACUUGAUGUUGAUGUUAUUUUUUUUUUUACAAUACAAAUAUGUUGUACACACAACCUGGCAUGUUGUAAUCUCAUUUGGAAAAAAAAAUGAUGUUUUAUUUUUGUCAACUGGAAACUUUUCAAUAAAACAAAAAAAGUCCAAAAUGUAAA